GAAAUGCCCGCUCUGAGCGUCGCUGACACAGCUUGUAAUGUGACAGACCUGGGCGUGGUUCCAGCGCGCAACUCUGAGCUAUUGCAAGAUCCUGCCUCCUCCUUGUCCGACGGAUCUUCGGAUGACGUCUCUUGGUUGGAAGUGCUGGGAUUUUUGGCUAAACUGCUAGGUGCAGUUGCCGCACUGAAAGCAGCUGUGUAUCUUUUUCGUGUGCUGUGUGCAGUCAUGGCCUGGAAGUCAGGAGGAGCCAGCCACUCGGAGCUGGUCAAUAACCUGCGCAAAAAUGGAAUUAUCAAAUCAGAUAGAGUGUUCGAAGUUAUGGUUGAAACAGAUCGCCGGCAUUAUGCAAAAUGCAAUCCAUACAUGGACUCUCCACAGUCAAUAGGUUACCAAGCAACAAUUAGUGCACCACACAUGCAUGCUUAUGCCCUAGAACUUCUUCAUGAUCAGUUACAUGAAGGUGCCAAAGCUCUUGAUGUAGGAUCUGGAACUGGAAUUCUUACUGCAUGUUUUUCAAGAAUGGUUGGCCCAAAGGGAAAAGUAGUAGGGAUUGACCAUAUCAAAGAAUUAGUAGAUGAUUCUGUAAAUAAUGUAAAAAAAGAUGACCCAACCUUAUUGUCUUCAGGCCGAGUGAAGCUAUUAGUUGGAGAUGGGAGAAUGGGUUACCCAGAAGAAGCACCGUAUGAUGCUAUUCAUGUAGGAGCAGCUGCACCUGUUGUACCCCAAGCUCUUAUAGAUCAACUUAAACCAGGAGGAAGAUUAAUCUUACCUGUUGGUCCAGCUGGUGGAAACCAAAUGUUGGAACAAUAUGAUAAGCUAGAAGAUGGAAGUGUCAAAAUGAAGCCUUUGAUGGGGGUGAUCUACGUGCCUUUAACAGACAAAGAUAAGCAGUGGUCCAGGGAUGAAUUGUAACCGCUCAUACGAUUGAGACAAAGUAUUGCAAUGCAGUGCUCAAGGCCUUCUCAAAAGCAUUUUCUUCAGAAUCAUCAGCAGUGCAGCUUGUUUUGGACUUUAUUACCCUGUUAAAAGCGGUGUGGAAUGUUUGUUUUCUGACUUUUUUAACUGAAGGGGUUGCAGAAUUAUUUGGGGAAGGCAUAUUUAAGUUUAUUUUAGAUAUAAAAAAAAGUUUGACCAAUUUAAUGCAAGCAACCACUUUGACAGCUAUUUAAUUAAAAUUGCACGUAUUCUGUUUUCAUCUCCGGAUACACAAAAACUGCAGUGUACAGCAUUGUUGUUACAUUUGAAGUUCAUCAAAUGCCUCACAUAUGCAUACUAUAAAGUUUCUGCUAAAUGCUGCUAAACAUAUAGAAAUGAGCUUCCUUUAUUUCAACUGGUGUCUUAGAAUAGCAUGUUGUGGAUGCAGUCAGCGGCUUAACCUUACUACUGAGCAAUGUCUUUGUCUUAAUUUCCUUUGCAUCCAGGAAGUACAUCACACUUUAGUCUACAGUUAAUGCUGUAGAAAUUAUAAAUUCUAUUCAGACUGGAGAUUUAAAAAUCCAUUCUCAGGCUAAGUAAUAAUUGGCGACCAACACUAUGAUAAAGCACCUUCCCAUUGAUGCAGUUUAUUGAUAUAUUGAUACUCUGUUUAAGAAAUAUUCUGUAUAAGAAAUAAACACAUGCUGUGUAAGGUAUGUUCAUGUUACCGAACUGUUUAUGCAGCUCUGCUUUGCCAAAUAAAGUACAAAGCAAAAUCA